CCUGGAUGCCUGAGAACGUAACAACCACUGACAGGAGUAUACAGGAUUAACACUUUCAAAGUGGUGAACCAGAUGAAUCGUGAAGGGCCACAUACCUGUGGAGUGUUGUGUUUGGGACCCCUGGCCUUUCACACGGAAGCUGUGGGGGACUGCAUCACUUUAACCCAUGGGGCCAGGUGUGCAGAGAGAGCUCCGUACACCUUCCGGAACGGUGUGGUGUUUAGCAGCCGCCCGGUGCGGGUCAAAGAGAUGGUGCGACUGCAAGUGAACCACACUGUAGAUCGCUGGACCGGUGCCCUCCGCCUGGGCUUCACCACCAUCAAGCCUGUUUGCGGGCCCGGAGCAGAAAUGGCCAUUCCCAACCUCAGCGAACAGCCCGGGUACUGGGCAGCCCCUGUGCCUGAAGAAUGCGCUCUCCCUGGCUACCAGCUAAAUUUCUGGGCAACCAAGAAGGGGAAGCUGAUGUACAAGGGGCAAGAUGGCAAGAAGCACAAGUUGCUGGUGGGGCUGGACCUUAGCAAGCCACUAUGGGCCAUGAUCGAUGUGUACGGGCAGACCUGUGCUGUGACCUUACUUGGCUCAACGAAAAAAGGUCCACUUGGUACCCGGAGAUCCUGCCAAACCUACUCAUGUGAGAACAGCCCACCAUCUUCUGAACUGUUUGAGAGGAACUGUCCUCCCAUCACUGACAACCAAUGGACGGAGGAUUUCAACACAGCGGAGAGCUGUGUUGUCUGCAUGUCCGAGCCAGCCUGUGUAAUCCUGUGCUGUGGGCACCAGUGCCUGUGCACGGUGUGCGCAGAAAGAGUGACGGCAUAUUUUGGGACCUGCCCACUGUGCCGAGAGGGUAUCACAUAGCUGUGGUUUACUGCAUUGUGCAAGCUACAGUACCAGAAAGACAGGCCGGGUAGUUGCUGAAGGACUCUACUGUACUGUCAGGAAGCUACUGUAUGUCCCACAAAGAGGAAUCACCCCAUGACACAUUCAACAUUACCCACUGUGUGGGCUUUGUCCUGGUAUAUUUAUUUACACUAACUUAGAGUGAAUUAAAUAAAUGUUUGGCUGAAAAAUUUUCAAACUGCUAGUACUGUUGCUGUUUUUAGCAAGACAUAUCUUUCACAUUGAAAAAUCAGUUUGUGAAUGGAAUUACAAUCAGCUAAUAAUACCAUCAAUAAAUACUACUGAGUGGAUACUGUGAUAUAGCAUCUUGGUGUUGACCAAAAUGACUGAGUUUCUUUUGUUUUUUUCAUUAUGAAAUUGAUGUAAAUUAGAUUGUUUGUUGGUUGAGACAAAAUGACUGUGAAAAUAUUAUUU